GCCGCUUUGUACUCUUCUUGUCACUUUGUCGUGAAGUCGACUUGAGCCAUCUCUUCUCGAUGACACCAAGAGAGGCGCAGCAGCUCCAGCAUGCCGGCAGCGUGAUUCUGAAUAAUGCUAUCGCUCUGUCUUUGCAGGCAUUCUUUUACGGCGUCUACACUAUCCUUAUCAUUUUCUCCACGUACCAUCUCGUACAAAAAGAUAUGCGAUCUCGAGCAAAUAUCAUCAUGCUCAUGGCUACUCUCGUCAUGUUCGCAGUGUCGACUAGCCAUGCAGCACUCGACAUGGUCAUUCUGAUCCAGCAGUUUGUGAGUAUAUUCAUCGGACAUCCCGAUCUACCACUAGCGACAAGAUUUAUUGUGGCAAAUAAUGCUGUGAUUGGGUAUGAAAUCGGGCAAACAUACUUGUACACGAUCAAUGGAAUUUUAAGCGACGCUGUCGUUGUCUGGCGAGCUUGGGUUCUGUGGCAGGAUAAUCGCAAACUUGUCCUUGCGCCUUUGGUCCUACUAUUAGGCAGCCUAUGUAUCUUAUGCGUGCAGAUCGGGUUGCAAACAGCGUCCGAUCUCACGGAUUCUAUUCCGCCGAAUGCCUUGAAUAAAGUUCGAACCUCCAGUUGGGCGUUGUCUCUUGCGACAAACACAGUCGCCACUUCUUUGAUUGGCUAUAAAGCAUGGUCGCACAGACGCUUCCUGAAAGCUAACCUGAGCCACGGCAGCAGAAAGACCAAAGUCGAAAAAGUUCUUGCGAUUCUUGUUGAAACUGGCCUCUUCUACUGCUUACAACAGGCCAUUAUGAUUGGUAUGGGGUAUAUCCCACUUCCUGACAAUCCUCGCUCGCCUGUCAGCUCAGUGCUGAACGGCGUCAGUGUACAUCUAGCUGGGAUAUAUCCUACCAUGAUCAUUGUUCUAGUCAAUUUCCAGCGCAGCAUCAUGGACACGCCGGGUGUUAGUCUGAACGUUAGCGGUAGCGGGACCAUGCCAAUUGCAAGUCAUCUAUCAUUCGCCACCCCCCCUGCCAUGUCCGCUCGGAGUGAUAUGUUGCCGAAGCGCGGUACGGUUCACUUUGAGCCCCCCGAGAGGACUGGAUUUGGCCAGGAAGACUUGGAGCUGGGACCUGCGGCGUUGGAGAAGAGUCGGACAGGUUGAAUCCCGUUUAGUACGGUAUCACUUUCCUCGGAUCGCUGAUGCCGUGGAAGCUUUCGUAUCGGAAUCAAUUUCUAUUCUAUGGUAGAAUCUAUGUAUGGGUAAUACUUACUUUCACGACUCGUACCGACAGUAAAACUCCCUCCUCCCUAUUCAAACCGUACUAUUUCACAUGGGACGUUUCACUUUUC